AUGGGCUCCACCCUGAACCCCAAACUCACCGGCCGCUGCCAAUGCGGCAAAGUCACCUACUCCAUACACUCAGAACCGCACUCCCUAAAUGUCUGCCACUGCCACGAAUGCCAACGGCAAUCCGGCUCUGCAUUCGCCCUCACUCUCGUCGUACCAUCACCCGGCGUGCAUCUACCACCGUCAUCCCAAAAACACAUCGGUCACUUCGAGCGCAGAACCGACUCCGGAGGCAUUCGCGGUGGUAUUUUCUGCACGGAUUGUGGGGUUCGCAUCUACCAUAGCAAUCCAAAGGCGCCGCAGUGGCUCAGUAUCAAAGCGGGGACGCUGGAUCAGAAAGUGGAUUUCAGCGAUGCCACGCACAUUUGGACGAAGAGGAAGCUGGAAGGUGUGGCGGUUCCCGAAGGAGUGGAAGCUUGGGAGGAGGAGCCGGAUGACGGGGUCGUGUAA